UCAAGUCUUCUCCCGUCUUCUUUUCUUCUCUUCCAUGCUCCAUCGCCUCCUCUUCUCCACCGACCACCGGAGGAGGCUUUUCGAUGGAGGCACCGGCGGAGGUGGAUGGAUCGUCGCUGUCGCGGCGGUGCAAGAAGAUGCUGGAGAGGAGGCGGAAGCUCCCCGUUUGGGCCCAGCGGGAGAAGUUCCUCGACACCCUCGCCAAGCACCAGAUCGUCGUCGUCGCCGCGCCGCCGGGCUCCGGAAAGUCCACGCAGAUUCCUCAAUUUGUCGUCGAGGCAGGUUAUGUGAGUAACGGGAAGCAGAUUGCUUGCACCCAACCUCGUAGGCUGGUUGCAAUGGCCCUGUCUCGUCGAGUAGCUCAAGAGAUGAAUGCGAAUUUAGGAGACAAAGUCGGUUAUUCUGUGCAGUUUGAAGACUUCUGCAGUCCAAAAACUGUUCUAAGGUACCUGACGGAUGGUGUGCUUCUAAGACAAGCACUGUCUGAUCGGUUUUUAGAAAUGUAUGGGGUGAUAAUUCUUGAUGAGGCACACCUUAGGACCUUGGCUACAGAUAUUCUUCUCGCUUACCUUAAGAAGCUGCUAGCAAUAAAUGCUCGACCUGACCUUAAACUUGUUAUUAUGAGCACACAGUUUGAGGCUAAGAAGUUCCGGGAUUAUUUUAAGGGUGCGCGGAUUGUGCAACCAUGUCCCUCACUUAAUCCUGUAGAGAUCAAUUAUACAAAGGAUAUAGUGAGGGAUUAUGUAGAGGCAGCAACCGAUAGAGUUGUAGAGAUACUUGCGUCUGAACCAGUUGGCGACAUAAUUGUUUUUCUCACUGGAGUGGAGGAGAUAGAAACUUUCUGCUGGAGGCUAGGAAAAGCAAUUACAGACUUAGGAGAUAAAAUUGGGCCUGUUAGAAUCCUUCCUCUCCAUUCCACAGUGUCAGUUGAUGUGCAGAAGAAGAUUUUCAAGGCUGCUCCUCCUCCGACAAGAAAGGGUGGUCCUGUUGGACGGAAAGUUGUGGUGUCGACUGACAUUGCGGAAUCAUCAUUAGCAAUUGAUGGCAUUGUUUAUGUUGUUGAUUGUGGGUAUGCUAAACAGAAGGUUUAUAAUGCACAAUUGCGUGUUGAGUCCUUACUGAUUUUGCCGAUAUCAAGGGCAAGUGCACAACGGAGAGCAGGAUGUGCAAGAAGGUCAGACUCUGGGAAAUGCUUUAGACUGUAUUCACAGAUGUUUUUUGAAGCUGCUCAGAUGCAAGUGUCCCCAGAGAUUCUCCGAGCGAAUCUCGCAAGUACCAUCCUUCAGUUAAAGAAACUAGGUGUUGAUGAUUUGCUCCAUCUUGAGCUUAUGGAUCCUCCUCCUGCAGAAAAAAUCACACGAGCUGUUGAAAUUUUGAAAUACUUGGGUGCUUUGGAUGAGGAAGGGAGCCUGACUGAACUGGGGAAGCUUAUGAGCGAGUUUCCUCUGGAUCCUCAGAUGUCAAGGAUGAUUGUUGGUAGCCCACAAUUCUGUUGCUCCAAUGAGAUUCUCUCCAUUGCUUCCAUGCUAUCAGUACCAAAUUGCUUCUUACGGCCUGUGGAAAACCAGCAAGCUGCUGCUGAAGCAAGAGCUAAGUUUAGCCACAUCAAUGGGGAUCACCUUACUCUUUUGAAUGUCUACCAUGCAUACAAGCUACAUGAUGGAGAUUCUACCUGGUGUGAAAACAAUUUUAUCAAUCAGACAUUGAUGAGAUCCGCUGAUGGUGUGAGGAACUGGCUUGCAGCUCUCAUGCGGAAGCUGAACCUUCAGCUUUGCUCACCGGACUUUAACAGCAGCGGUUACUAUGACAACAUAAGAAAGGGCCUUCUGGUAGGUUAUUUUAUGCAGGUUGCUCAGCUGGAGCAUUCAGGUUGCUAUACCAUUGUGAAAGAUCAUCAUGUUGUCGACCUUCAUCCAUCAAGCUGUCUUGCUUCAAGGCCAGCAUGGGUCAUAUACAAUGAUUUUGUCUUGGGCAGUAGGAAUUUCAUUCGUAUCAUCACAGAUGUGCGCAGUGAGUGGUUGGUGGAUGUUGCUCCGCAUUAUUACCGAAUAGCAACCAUCUGAGGGAUGCCUUUUGAACCACAUGUUCAUCUGUCGAAUAUCAAGUGGCCUUCAUGAUUUGUGCUUCAGCCAACUUGAUCACAUGUUCUCAGGAUACAAAAAAAAAAAAAAAAACAGCUGCUUGGUUUCCUGCAAAUUAUUAGUGGGAAUGCUUUUUGUCUUUCCGAGUUCAUGGUCAUAUUCAAAAAAAAAAAGUCAUAUAGAUAUGGUAGGGAUUGGAACCAUUGAGUUCACUGCACGGUUGUUUUCUGUUUUUCCUUUUUAUAUUAUAAACUAUUGUUGUGAGUACAUC